AUGUCGUUCAUUCUUUCGCUCCACAAUCACAUUCCCAAGGGAGAGGGGGGGGUGUUUCUUCAACAACUAACGGAUUCUUGCAGCGCAUUGCAUGCCACUGCAACCCUCCCCUCGUCCAUAUCGCAACCUCUUUUGCUUUCCCUGCGCAAUGGCCAACACACCUGUUCUGCUUUCUCUCACGCGCUAGAGGGCCUUCUCAAACUGUUACUGCAAUACGUUCGUGCUACCUUACUUACUCAUAGCGAUGGUCCAAAAGAGGGAUUCCUUCUUCCCAGUUUUGCUGCAUGCAGGAAACAAGACGGACCGCCAGCUCCAAAACCCCUCAUCGAACACGGACCUCUCUACGGACCUUUCGCCUUUCCUUCGCAUUCUCUCACACGCAGAGACACGUUUCUCUCAAGUCUCUCUAUUCGUUUUGUAUAA